AGCAGACACAUUAUCAGAUUAGGGGUAGGAAAACAAACUGAAAUGAAACCAUUCUUCAGCGAGUCCAACCUCUUCUUCCUGUGAUCCUGUGAUGUCACACUACAAACUGCCUGAGAUCUUUUCUCUCCUCUCCAGAAGGUGCUGGGCUGGCGAGAGGCUGCCGGGGCGCAGGACCGUGCUCUGCAGGAACAAACAUGCUCUGGAAUUCCGUUUCUGCCCUAGCAAGCAGCUUGCUUCCCAGCCAGCGGGGCAAGUGAGCGAGCAAGCGCUCCCAGGAGCUGCAAAGCUCGUUUUACAGAAAGAAGGCUGAGGGAGAAAAGCAAGUGCCGCCACUUUGCAGCAUCCGGGAAAUCGAUUUCUAAAGCAUACGUUCCCAGGAAAUUUGGAUGGACAAGACCUCCCCGUCAUGAUCUGCAGACAAGGAUAAGCAGAAAGUUCUACAACGGCUUCAUUGAAUUGAGGGGGGAAAUGGAACUAAGCGAGCUUUGGGAUGACCUCAUCUGCCACAAAUGGUAUGUUUUUUGACUUUUGAAGACUGGUUAUGUGAUUACAAAUAGCCCUUGGAAGAGAAGAGUGACCUCCUGGUGAUUGCUGCCGGAGAUGUACUCCCCUGCUACAGAGCUUGUGCUUCUCCUCUGAAGCUUUACAGCACAACAAACUUACCAAAGCACACAGUUCAAACACAGCGGCAAGUUCUCCUGGAAUUUAAGAUAAGUUGCAAGAAAAAUACCAGAGAAACCUGCAAAUCACAGGAAUUUAAAAUAUACCAUUAUAAUGGUAAGCCCUAAUUGUUCCACUGAGGACUCCUUUAAAUAUACUUUAUAUGGGUGUAUCUUUAGUAUGGUGUUUGUUCUUGGCCUCAUAGCAAACUGUGUUGCUAUCUAUAUUUUUGCUUGUACAUUAAAAGUGCAAAACGAGACUACAACUUACAUGCUCAAUUUAGCAAUAUCAGAUCUGCUUUUUGUAUUUACAUUACCCUUCAGGAUUUAUUACUUUGUAGCGAGAAACUGGCCAUUUGGAGACAUUCUUUGCAAGAUUUCUGUCACCCUCUUUUACACAAAUAUGUAUGGGAGCAUUUUAUUUCUGACUUGCAUAAGCGUAGAUCGCUUUUUAGCUAUAGUACACCCCUUUCGAUCUAAGACUCUCCGAACCAAAAGGAAUGCAAAAAUUGUCUGCACUGCAGUGUGGAUAACCGUGUUAGCAGGCAGCACACCAGCAAGCUUCUUCCAGUCUACAAAUGGCCUUAAUGACACUCAAAGAACAUGUUUUGAAAACUUUUCAGAGAACGUAUGGAAAACCUACCUAUCCCGGAUUGUUAUCUUCAUUGAAAUAGUUGGGUUUUUUAUUCCACUCAUCUUAAAUGUGACCUGCUCUACUAUGGUCUUACGGACUUUGAACAAACCGCUCACAUUAAGUCGGAAUAAAUUAAGCAAGAAAAAGGUACUCAAAAUGAUUGUAGUCCAUUUAGCGAUAUUCUGCUUCUGCUUUGUGCCUUAUAAUAUUACCUUAAUACUUUACUCCCUUAUGAGAACACAGACCUGGGUUAAUUGUUCACUGGUAACUGCAGUCAGGACUAUGUACCCCGUCACUCUGUGCAUCGCUGUUUCAAACUGCUGUUUUGACCCUAUAGUCUAUUACUUUACAUCGGAUACAAUUCAAAAUUCAAUUAAAAAGAACCGGUCCACUAGACCACGGAACUGCACAUUCUCCGAAAGACCAGUUUCGGAAAACUUCAUUCAACACAGCCUUCAGACCAUAAAAAUGAAAAUAUUUGACAGUGACUCCACAAUGUAAACUGUAUUAAAAGACUACUGGGACUAAAGUAGAAUUAGAAGCCUGCACAUUUCUUCAGCUGUGGACGUAUAUUCUGAUAUGUAAAUGUUACGCUUCAUUCACAGCAGAAAAGUUUAUAAGACUGUAAAAGUAUUAAGCAUAAUAAAACACAAAGCAUUUUAAGCAUU